AUGAAGUAUCUCGAGUACCCCGAGCUCGAGCUCCUCUCGAGGGCGCUUACCUUCGAGUCUGCCGAAUGCAAGGUCUUCACCCGCAUGGAGGCCUACUCGUGCAAAACCGUCUCCAAGGAGAAGCGCCUCUUGAAGAACCUCGAGUCCACCUAUCUCAGCUCGGCCUCUACUUCGCCGCCCGACUAUCUCGAGGAGGCGCUGGCGUCGCCCUUUGGUCGUCUCGACCAGGCCUCGGCCCGCAAGACCCUGUUCCUGCUCAUCGCAACGCUCAAUGUCGCCUUCCCCGACCAUGACUUCAGCGAGGUCAACCCGGCCGAUUUUCGCAAGGAGUCCAGCCCGGCCAUGGUGCUCAAUUCGCUCAGCACCACGUUGCUCAGCCUCAAGACCUCGUCCAAUGCGCCCCGCUCCUACAGCUCCUUUCCAGGAUCGUUCGAGGAGCCCGGCUUUGCGCUCGGCUCCACAGGCGGCUCGCCCGGCUCCGGCCUCAACACUGGCUCUCUGCCGCCUCUCAUCACCCAUCCCGCACUCUCGCACAUCCUCGACGACAUUAUGAACGUCUCCGACUGCGAGGUGUACACCUUCCAUCCGGACAUGGACUCGGACCCGCACGCGAGCGCCGAGCCCGAGGAGGAGGGUGAUCUGGGCGACGAUGAUCCCUACGACGACGAAGAGUACUGGGACGACGACAGCCCUGGCAUGCGCGGCCGCGAGGACACGCCGCGAGCGCGAGCCAUGCAUGCCGACGACGACGAAGAGAUGGUCGACGCUCCCAUGUUUGACGAAGACGUCUAUGGCGAGGGGCUUGGAGGCGCAAAGAAGGCGCCGCAAACCAUCGCCACUAUUGGCCCGGACGGCAAUGUGGUGCUCUCGCGCGGUGGUCUCGACACCAAGAGGCGUCCAUCCAUGGAAUCGUCGAGUCUUGCGUCUUACUCGUCGUACCACGAUUCGAGCUUCAACGACGAGGAGGACGACCUGGACGGCACGGGCGCCGGUCUGCUCUGGUCGACGUUUGCAUUCUUCUACAACCGCAAGAUGAAACGCAUCCUGUUCGUCUCUGUGUGGAGUCGCAAGAAUGCGCGCUUCGGCAUGCCCACCUCUACGUGGGCGUAUGCCCAGCCGCCGCCGGUUCUCAGUGCCUCGCUCGGCUCACCGCACGGCCACUUUGGCCGGUUUGCCACGCCAGCAUCGGCUCCUGCCCGACAGCGCGCCUCGUCGACGUCCAAGAAGCAGCAGGCUUCGGUUGCGCCGACGGCAGCGGCUGCACCUUCGCUGGCCAAGCGCGCGAUCGCCAGGACCGACUCGACGGGCUCGCUCAAGCGCGUCGGGCGUCCCGGACACAUCCGCGCCGGCUCGGGAAGUCCGGCGCCCUCGUCGCUGUCGCCGUUCCCACACGCAUCGCCGCGUGCGGUGCGCACCACCGACCCCAUGGAGAGCGUGGUGAUUGUCGACGGAAGCAGGCAGGUGCCCUCGCUCGAUGCGGCGCUGCUCAGUGCAAGCGCCCCAGCAGGAGCGAGCGCCGCCAUCGGCACGGGUCUGCAAUCGGCCAUGCGCCCAACGCGCACUUCGAUGCGCAGCAAGCGUGCAUCCGACACCUCGACAGGCACGUUCGACCAGAAGCGCGUCAAGAAGCAGGCUGCGUAA